ACCUGAAAAAAAGGUGAAAGAGGACAAGGAAGCAAAACCCGUGAAAAAGCCUGUGCAUAAAGAAGAGCCAGAGGUCCUUAAGGAAGUGCAGAUAGAAAUACCUAAAGCCAAAGAACAUGUGGAGAAGGAGAAAGCAAAAGGACCAGAGGCUCCCAAAAAAGCACAUGUUGAAGAAAAAAUCAAAAAGAAAAAAGAACCUGAGGUUCCAAAGGAGAAGGCUGAACCCGCUCCUGUUAAGAAAGAACCCAAGGUUCCCAAAGAGAAGGUCAAACCAGCUCCUGUAAAGAAAGAGCCUGAGGUUCCCAAAGAGAAGGCCAAGCCAGCUCCUGUAAAGAAAGAGCCUGAGGUUCCCAAAGAGAAGGCCAAACCAGCUCCUGUAAAGAAAGAGCCUGAGGUUCCCAAAGAGAAGGCCAAGCCAGCUCCUGUAAAGAAAGAGCCUGAGGUUCCCAAAGAGAAGGCCAAACCAGCUUCUGUAAAGAAAGAGCCUGAGGUUCCCAAAGAGAAGGCCAAGCCAGCUCCUGUAAAGAAAGAGCCCGAGGCUCCCAAAGAGGCUAAACCAGCUCCUGUAAAGAAAGAGGCAGAGGUUCCCAAAGAGAAGGCCAAACCAGCUCCUGUGAAGGAAGAACACAAGCUUCCAAAGGAGAAAACUUGGUUUGUCCCUCCAAAGGAAGGACCUUAUGUGAUGGAGCUGCUGGUGCAAGCACCUGAGAAAGUCCAAGAUGCCAUUCUCAAAGAUCACAAACUGCCAAAGCUGGAGGCCCUCAAACAGAAGGCCGAAGCAGUGCCUGUAAAGAAAGAGCCUGAGGUUCCAAAAGAGAAGGCCAAACCAGUAAAGAAAGAGCCCGAGGUUCCCAAAGAGAAGGCCAAACCAGCUGUUGUAAAGAAAGAGCCCGAGGUUCCAAAAGAGAAGGCCAAACCAGCCCCAGUAAAGAAAGAACCCGAAGUUCCUAAAGAGAAGGCCAAACCAGCUCCUGUAAAGAAAGAACCUGAGGUUCCCAAACAGACAGUCAAACCAGCAGCUGUAAAGAAAGAAGCUGAAGUACCCAAAGAGAAAGCCAAACCAGCACCUGUAAAGAAAGAGCCUGGGGUUCCCAAAGAGAAGGCCAAACCAGCCCCAGCAAAGGAAGAGCCUGAGGUUCCGAAAGAGAAGGCUAAACCAGCCCCUGUAAAGAAAGAACCUGAGGUUGCCAAAGAGAAAGCCAGACCAGUUCCUGUCAAGAAAGAACAUGUGGUACCCAAAGAGAAACCAGCUAAAGCAGCUCCGGUAAAGAAAGAGCCUGAGGUCCCCAAAGAGAAGGCCAAGCCAGCUCCUGUGAAGAAAGAACCUGAAGUUCCCAAAGAGAAGGCCAAACCAGCUGCUCCUGUGAAGAAAGAGCCUGAGGUUCCCAAAGAGAAGGUCAAGCCAGCUCCUGUAAAGAAAGAGCCUGCGGUUCCCAAAGAGAAGCCCAAACCAGCUCCUGUAAUAAAAGAACCUGAGGUUCCCAAAGAGAAGGCUAAGCCGGCUCCUGUAAAGAAAGAGCCUGAGGUCUCAAAAGCGAAGGCCAAACCAGCUGCUGUAAAGAAAGAGCCUGAGGUCCCCAAGGAGAAGGCCAAACCAGCGCCUGUUAAGAAAGCACCUGAGGCUCUAAAAGAGAAGGCUAAACCCACCCCUGAAAAGAAAGAGCCUGAGGUUCCCAAAGAGAAGUCCAAGCCAGCUCCUGUACAGAAAGCACUUGAGGUUCCAAAAGAAAAAGCCAAACCAGCUCCUGUAAAGAAAGAAGCUGAGGUUCCCAAGGAGAAGGCCAAACCAGCUCCUGUAAAGAAAGAGCCUGAGGUUCCCAAAGAGAAGGCCAAACCAGCCCCUGUAAAGAAAGAGCCUGAGGUUCCUAAAGAGAAGGCAAAACCAGCCCCUGUAAAGAAAGAGCCUGAGGUUCCGAAAGAGAAGGCCAAACCAGCUCCCGUAAAGAAAGAACCUGAGGUUCCCAAAGAGAAGGCCAAACCAGCCCCUGUAAAGAAAGAGGCUGAGGUUCACAAGGAAAAGGCCAAGCCAGCACCAAUAAAGAAAGAGCCUGAGGUUCCCAAAGAGAAGACCAAACCACCUGUAAAGGAAGAACUUGCGGUUCCCAAGGAGAAGGCCAGGCCAGCCCCUGUAAAGAAAGAACCGGAGGUUCCAAAGGAGAAGGCCAAACCAGCUCCUGUAAAGAAAGAGCCUAAGGUUCCUAAGGAGAAGGCCAAACCAGCUCCUGUAAAGAAAGAGCCUGAGGUUCCUAAGGAGAAGGCCAAACCAGCUCCUAUAAAGAAAGAAGCUGAGGUUCCCAAAGAAAAGGCUAAACCAGCCCCUGUAAAGAAAGAGCCUGAGUUUCCGAGAGAGAAAGCCAAACCUGCUCCUGUGAAGAAAGAGCCUGAGGUUCCCAAACAGAAGGCUAAAGUAGCCCCUGCAAAGAAAGAACCCGAGGUUCCAAAAGAGAAGCCUAAAGCAACACCCGUGAGAAAAGAACCUGAGGUUCCCAAGGAGAAGGCAAAACCAGCUCCUGUAAAGAAAGAUCCUGAAGUUAUCAAAGCAGAGGCUAAACCAGUGCAUAUAAAGAAAGAGCCUGAGGUUCCCAAACAGAAGGCUAAAGUAGCCCCUGCAAAGAAAGAGCCUGAGGUUCCUAAAGAGAAAGCCAAGCCAGCUCCUUUAAAGAAAGAGCCUGAGGUUCCUAAAGAAAAGGCCAAACCAGCCCCUGUAAAGAAAGAACCGGAGGUCUCCAAGGAGAAGGCCAGACCGGCUCCCCUGAAGAAAGAACCUCAUGUGAAAGAGGAGAAACCUGUCGAAGCACCAGAACUGAAAAAAGAGAAACCCAAAAUAGAACACAAAAAAGAGGACAAACCAAAGGAAAUCAAACUACCUCAGCCUGUUGAUGAAAAAGAAGCUGAAAUUCCACCACCUAAAGCAGAGCCUCAGCUUGAGAAGCCAGACACAGAAGAUGACUUUGAAGAGGAGAUGUCUUACUUCCACUGCGUGUUUGUGGAUGAGGAGAGCGGCCAGUACCCCAUAUUUCCCUUCACGCCCAUGCAGAACCCAUUCGUAUGGACUGGACCCUGAGGGAGAGGAGGUCCUAAGCCCCAUGGCACCAGGACAUCGCAGGACAGACCUUUUUUUGCACGGCAGGCCUUGCCAGAGCCAGUGAGUCCACAGCUGAUACCCAGCUGGGCAACUGGCGCCUUCAGAGGCCUUCAGUGUUCAUGACGACCAGAGACUGACGGGAUAGACCGUUGCUUUUCCUUUUCUCAGAGAGGCAGAGCUCUUGUGGUUCACUAAGUCUGUAAACCCCAGUUCCCUCUGUGCCUUCGGUGACUUGUUUACUGUGAAGUCGUUUGAUUUUGCUGUUUGCUGUUUGUUUUGAGUUGUUUUUCUCUUGUAGCUUCUUGAAUCCUUACCAGCAGUAGAAGAAGAAGAAUACCUUUCUGUCUAAUGUUGUAAAAUGAAUGAUUGUAUUAAUCUUGGUCUUCUCUGCUAGAUUUCCAAGAUACUGUAUGAGAAGCACAAACAAGCUAACAGCUGGUCAAGGGUGGAUUUGAAAAAGUGUACAGAAUAACAUGUGACAACAAUUUUGAUUUCUCCUGAAAAUAAGAAAUGUAUUAACUUAUAUUAUCCAUACAACAUCACAGCUUUGAUCCUAAAAGGUAUGAAAAUGAAUUAAUGUAUAAACAUAUGGCAGUAUCUUUUCAAAUUUGGUCUCAUCUCACUCCAGGAGGAACUGAUUGACCCACCUCCAGAUUUCAAUUAUAACCUGACCAAAGACAUUACCCAGUUAUUGGGUAUAUUGGCAUUCGCGUCAUUCUGACACUUUGAGGGAUGGUAUUUUUCUUUACCUGUGAUUCAGGUUGGAGCAACACUGAUUCUGAAGUACCAGCGUAGCCUUCAUCUGUUGUGUUUCUUUGGUCAGUCAAGUUGUGAUUGCUGUUUUUCAUGAAUGUUUAAACUGGAAGUGUUUUCUUGGAGAUGAAGGAUCAAGCUAUUGAAUGGUGUAUUCAUUUUGUUUUGUGGUACAUGUAAAUCCUCCUUAAGGGUCACCUGUGGGCUGAAGGAAGAUCUUCCAGUUUUCAGAAUAGUAACCUGAAAUCCAUUUGAGGUUUUCUGAUAAAAGUCAGAGGUUUUUGACUGACAAAAGAAGUUUUUGAAAAGGAAACCCAGAGAAAGCAUUUAGUUGGAUGUACCACAUACACUUCAUGUCAGAGGCCCUUGCAAGGUUAAUUGCUAAGAUAGAUGUGUUACCAAACUCUUUCUCUGGGUGUUCUUGUAUUUCCGCACCACCCAAGGUCCUUUUCAAGGUGGACAUUUUGUGCAUAUUGCUGUGGUUUAUGUGAAGAAAAUAGGGCAGAAAUUGGGAAGAAAGGGGGGUCCAUUUAUCCACAAGAGCUACCUACGAUAA